AUGCGGUCCACCUUGAUUGCCGGCUUCCUCGCUGCGCAGGCAGCAGCUCUGAGGAACGUCAUGUACGUUGACGAAUGGCAUUACUCCAGCCUUCCCUCAUCCGACCUGGUGUCGUCUGUCACGCACGCCAUCAUGGCCUUUGCGCCUUCCGAGACCUUCAAUUCGGGAAGCUCAUUCAAUCCUUUUAUGUCUGUUGAGAGCUUCCGCGCUCUCUUCCCGAGCUCUACCAAAAUUAUGGUUGCCUUAGGUGGCUGGGCCGACAACGGUGGUUUCUCAACUGCUGUGGCUUCCAAUGAUUCGAUCAACACUUAUGCUAAGAACGUUGCCGCCAUGGUGCAAUCAAUGGGAUAUGAUGGUGUUGAUAUUGAUUGGGAGUACCCUGGUGGAGACGGUGCUGAUUACAAGACCACUCCCAACUCUCAGCGCACCGGUGAAAUCGACACAUUCCCGAUUCUUCUCAAGGCUAUUCGUGACGCUAUCGGAGCCGACAAGGUUCUUUCUAUUGCUGUCCCAGGCUUGGCACGCGACAUGAUUGCCUAUACUGCCGACAAGGGCCCUAGCAUCUUCGAACCUGUUGACAUGGUUAACAUUAUGACCUACGAUUUGAUGAACCGUCGUGACAACGUUACCAAGCACCACACCUCCAUCCAGGGCUCUCUCGAGGCUGUCAACAACUAUAUUGACAUUGGAAUGAACGCCAGCAAGGGAAACCUUGGUAUUGCCUUCUACUCCAAGUACUUCUACACCGACCCAGCCUCCGAUUGUGCCACCCAGCCUCUCGGAUGCGCCACCGUUCUUCUUGAGGAUGCCCAAGGACAGGAUACUGGAAAGUCCGGUGCUGUCACCUUAGAGACUAGUCCCGAAGUUAGCGACAGCGUUGCUCUGGCUUCCUGGAGCACUGCCAAGGCCAAUGGUAUCACUGAUAAAGAGGCUGGCGGCCAGUACUACUGGGACAGCACCCACAACAUCUUCUGGACUUGGGACACCCCCGAUCUUAUUACUCAGAAAUUUACCGAUAUUAUUGCCAACAAAAGCUUGGGUGGUGUCAUGGCCUGGAGCUUGGGUGAGGACAGCCUCAACUGGAGUGAGCUCAAGGCUAUUAGCGCUGGUGUUUCCGCUUAA